GGCCAUUUCUCUUCAAGCAAUGGCCAUAAUGACCUCGGUUAUGUGCAACUUGAAGGAAGGAUAUAGUGAACUCAUUGCAAUUAGUAGAUCAAGUAUCAACCAUGUAUAGCAGCUGAUUAUGGAUAAAAGUAUCAUUCAAAGUCCCAUUUAGCAGCAUUACUCAUCCCACAGUGUGAGAACUCCUUGGAAAAUAAGCAAUGUAAGUGAUUUCAGGAAAAUAACUCCUCCAUUCAUCUGCUUAUCUGUCACACUAGUCUUUUUGCAAAACAAUUCUCAGAAUGAGAAUUCAUAUUUCACACUUGCUAUUAUUAUGCAUCUGUAUAGAUAAUAAGGGUCUUCUCUCACAAUGCUGCAUUUAUCUUUUCUUUUUUUCCUUUCACCUCUUUCAAUUGAGGUCCCCAUUACUUCUAUAAGAAGUAAGGCUACUCUCCUUGAACUUGCCCAUGGAGAAGACAAAGGUCCAUCCAUAUAAACAAAGUUGUUUCUAUGCACAAUCAAUAACUCUAUUGAUGUAGAACAAGGAAAGAACGUAUAUUAUUGGUAUUCAAUUUUUUAGUUUGUUGACCUGGACUUGACCUUGGUUGCAAAUGUAUAGAAGACUUGGGAUGUGGACAUACAAUUAACAACCGAGUCUUUGAGUCUUCUUUGUUUUUGUGUGCAUGUGUAAAUUAUUCAACAAGUUCACUCCAAAUUGGUCUGAAAACUAAGCCUUGCUUUUUCAAUAUUAUCCUACAAGUUGACUGCUUUUUUAGACGACUUUAGCUAACAUUGAACUUUAUCUGAUGUUAAAGAAUUUUCUUGCCUUCAUACCAUUAAUAAGUGUAUAUCCCUCACUGGCCUUUUUCCCUAUGAAAUUACUGGGUCAUCAUCAUAAGAAACACAUGUCUCUAAUGUAUGGAAAUUUACCCAUAGACUACAUUAAAGGUCACUUUGAAUAGAAUCUUUAGAGGGAAUCACUCACCUAUGGAGAGAACCAUACUGUUCUUGCUAUUUAAAUAGUGAGAGAGAUAACCCUCUGAAUGCAACCACACUACAAGAACCAACAAAGCAAAGAAGAGAUGGCAGCUUCUUUCAAGAUUUUCUUGGCUUCACUUUUGCUUUUGCUUUCCAUCUGUUCUAAAGGAAAUUGUCAGCAGUGUGAGAUAUCAAGCAUUUCAGUGAAGCAAACCAACAUGGGACAGAAGGGCGGUUUCGACUUUCAGUUUGAGGUUGAGGUUAAGAACCUAUGCAACUGUGCUGCAACAAGCAUCUUCGUGAAGGCACCGGGUUUUGCAAGCUCUUCGCCGGUCGAUCCCAAGUUGUUCAGAUUGGAAGGCAAUAACUACAUCGUGAAUGAUGGCAAGCCAAUUUCAAGCUCAUCCUCCAUGAAGUUCACUUACUCAUGGGAUCAUUACUUCCCAAUGUCUCCUCUUAGUUUCAAUCCUCUUUGUAAGUGAUGUUGUUCUUACUAAAAACUAAUAUUAGUAUCAUUAAGAUGAAGAAUUAGAACUGCAUGUUUUUUUUUCCUGUUUCUGCUGAAGUUCUUGGUGCAAUGAUAUUCAUGGAAUUUAUCAUCAACAAACAUG